AGGAUGACGUUAGCGUGGAGCGUUAUUUUCCUCGUGGUUCUACAUGUACAGCUGAUGGCAUGUUCCCUCGUGAACGCGAACCUGAGACAAGACAUCCUCCGUAAGUACGACAAGAACGUCCGCCCAGUGAGGAACUUCAGCCGACCCACCGAGGUGCGCAUGGAUGUAUCACUCCGCCAGAUACUCGGGCUGGCUGAAAGAGAGCAGGUCUUGACGUCACUUCUAUGGAUACGUAUGUAUUGGACAGAUGAAUAUCUGUCGUGGGAUCCGGAUCAGUACGACGAGCUCGACGUCAUCCGGAUUCCGUCAGGAGACAUCUGGCUGCCGGACAUCUUUCUCUACAACAAUGCUGAUGUCUGGCAGACGGGAGAGCUGGCGACCAACACUGACGUCAGCGUCACAUCCGACGGUGACGUCACCUGGUUACAGCCAAUCACAGCCCGGACCUCCUGUAAAGUUCACACUGGGCUCUUCCCAUUUGAUAAUCAGGUUUGUGACCUCUUGUUAGGCUCCUGGUCCUACGACGGUACCGAGAUCGACCUGUACAACACGUCCGAGUCUGGAGACAUCAGCAGUUUUGUAGUAAACGGCGAGUGGGACCUCCUCACAGUUAAGGCUCAACGAGAGCUCAACUACUACUCGUGCUGCCCCGAGCCUUGGCCCAACUUGCGGUACUUAGUGGCACUGCAGCGACGAGCGGACUACUAUCUGUUCACGUUUGUUCUGCCUUGUAUGGCGUCGAUAUUUGUGGUACUUGGAGGUUUCUUUUUACCGACCAAUGCUGCGGUCCGUAUCCAGCUGAAUGUGACAGUUCUCCUGGCGCUGACUGUGUUCCUGAUGAUGGUUCAGGAGUCCAUGCCAACUUCGUCUGGGGACGUGUCAGUCAUAGGUGAGAUCUACACAACUGCCAUCGCCAUUGUCGGCCUUAGUACCUUAGCCACCGUGCUUGUCAUCAACCUCAGCGAGAACGAUCGCCCUGUCCCGGCUUGGAUCGCGCGGUAUUUCUCCGACAAUCCUCCGAAAAAAGUCGGUGACCACGGCGGUUCUCACGGUGACCAUCAUGCGCAGGCGCAAUCAAACGGUUACGACAACGAGGCUUGUGGUCACGUGACGCACGAUGUAGUCAUGUAA